AAUAUAAAUGCUUACUCUUUUCGUCUCAAAGUCUUCUAUAUAUAAUGUCACUGUGACUCUUCGAAUUCGACUUUUCGUUUCCCAUUCCUCACUUGCCCAUUGACUUUACAGUUGCAGUGAUUGAUCACCUGAAUCACAUUUGUUUACACACGACCCUUCCACACUCCUCCGGGCUCAUCAUCUUCAUAUACUACACCGCUACCAAGUAGAAAAAAUGGCGUCGAAAUUGUUCACCGGCGACCCUGAAAAGGUCCUCGUCAUUCGGGACAUCCCCAACACACCCAUCACCACACUCAACGUGCCCUUUCUACGCUUCGGUCGCAUCAAGAUUGGUGGUCGCGCGACCCUCGUCAAGCUCCAGACGGGGAACGUCGCCGUCUUCUCCCCCGUCGCACUCACCGCCGAAGUCAAGGCCAAGGUCAAGGCAAUGGGACCGAUCAAGUACAUCGUCGCGCCGGACGUCGAGCACCAUUUGUUGGUCGACGCGUGGGCGAAAGAAUUCCCCCAGGCUGAACUGGUCGGACCCGAGGGACUCCCCGAGAAACACGCCCACCUCAAGUUCUCCCACGUCUACACUGCCAAAGUCAAGACCGACAUGCCUGUCACGACCGAAUUCGACCAGGAGUUUUCGUCCGAGUACUUCCCGAUGCACCCGAACAAGGAGAUUGUGUUUUUUCACAAACCCACCAGGACAAUGAUAGAAGCAGAUCUCCUCUUCAACCUUCCCGCCACCGAGCAAUUCUCCAAGUCCGGCGUCGAUGCACAAUCCGGCAUCCUAACGAAACUCUUUGGCGGCAUCAUGAACACGAGAGGUGACAUGGUAUGGCAGAAGAGGUUUUUGUGGUACGCCGCCAGUAAAGGUGACCGUGCCGGGUUCGCCGAAUCGGCAAAAAAGAUCAAGUCGUCCUGGGACGUCGAACGUAUCAUCCCAUGUCACGGUGACGUGAUUGAGACCGGCGGCAAAUCCAUCUUCGACAAGGCCAUGGCAUGGUUUUAUGAAAAGUACUAAACAAAAAGUACCAAUACUGAGUGGAAAAAAAACCCCCCUCCAUCUAGCGGAGAACGGUAAAUUUGAUUGUUCGAUACCCCAUGUUUAGCGAGGUCGUGGAUGGCGUCGUUGUGGUUGGUGUGAAAUGACGAGAGGCGAGGUGAGGCAAAGGAAGCGAAUGUCCUUUCCUAUUGACACCAAGUACUCUGUAAUAUCGUAUUGUGUUUCUUUUUGGAGAGUCCUGUGUUGUCAAAGAGAUACCACUGUACAAUUUCUGAUAUUCAUUUUUU